CUAAGGUCUUCCUGAGAACUGAUUCCAUGCCUUUUUAGUUGAUUGAUAACGAAAUCCUAUCAGAGGAGCGGCAUUGGAGGAGAAGCAUUUGGAAAUUUGGUGAAAUACCUGGCACGACCAUGGAUGGGGACACUCCAUCUGUAGAAACAUCACAGAAUGAUAGCAGCUAUAUGUUUACAGAUGCGGAAGAGGGUAACAUAAGUCAUCCAGACAACAAAGAAGGAACUACAUACUCGACAGAAGACAUAGGCAUUUCUGAAAAAGAUCACGUCGAUGUUCCACUGAAAAGUAAUGAGAAGGAAGAUGAGGGGGAUGAAAAGAAAGAUACCGAGAAGCCUUUACUAGAAGAUGAUUCAAUACGCAUCGAUGUCACAACAGGAUAUAUAUCGGAAGAUACUCCAACUUUGCCUCUGCCGGAAAAAAAGAAGAAAAAGGCUCCAAUAGCGGGAGCAAAUUCAGUAGAAGUAGCUAAGCAAAGAAAUCUACCAAAAUAUCUUUUCCCGGUUGCAAGAAUGAAGCGUGCUUGGAACAAGUCUUCAAAUGUUCUGGAAUUUCUUGGCAGAGCCUUUUGUAUUGUCUUCUCUACUAUUGGAUGGUUUACAUGUGUCGGUGGUAUACCUUUUGUCUCCUUGGUGAUGUUGGUCAUGGGAUGCGUAUACGUAAAUGACUGUAGAAAGGAACCAAAUAUUCCAGUAUACCUUAUAGUGACUGGAGUAUUAGGAACACUGCAGCAUAUCAUGGCUAUUUGGACUAAAUACGUGCCAAGAGACACUGAAGGAAGAUUAGGAGUUUACAGAAGUUAUUGCAGAGUCAUAGACGGAUUGUUUACCCUUUUUUUGAUGAUAUGGUUCGUACUUGGCUGCAUUUGGGUGUACGGCAUUUAUGAUGAUGUAGAUUUACGCCAUCCUGAGCAUGACGAAUAUUGCAACAUGACAGUAUACUUAUUUGCGUUUUGGCUUUUUAAUUUAACUUUCAUUUUAUUAGCUCUCAUCGUUGUAUUAAGCUUGUGCUUUAUCACUUGCAUCAUAAUUACUCCGAAGAAGGAAGAAAAUAAAGAUGUUUCAGCUGAUGCAUAAAUUGGCAUUUCAUAUUUGUUCUUGUAUUUCAUUUUCAGACAAUAUUAUAGGUUUUAGUUUUACUGAAUGUUAACUUUGUGAAAACGUUUCAAUAAAUACGUUAUGUUUUGUUA